AUGACGCACCGGAAGACAGAUAGUGGGCCAGCAUUAACUACCUCUGACUCUGAUAACGACUCGUUUGAAAUAAUGGAGUAUGUUACAGACGCUGCUCUUGAGGAUUUUGGAGGCACCGGACUUCAAUCAUUGGUGCCACUCCUUGAAGCUCAGUACUCCAAUACUGAUGAAAAAUUGCUGGUGAUCAGCACCAUUUAUACUGAAUGUCUUGUGUGUUUCGAAGCUGAAUUGAUCCAAGACCAUUUAUUGGUGCAGUUGUUCUCCGCAGUGAUUACUGAUGAUGUGCAUGCUGUUUGUCUUUGUCAAGUGUUUGAUUCGUUUAACUUGUCAGAUUCAAUACCAUUAGUGGAGCUUCUCGCACUGUUGCUUCGUAAAGGUAUUUUGAAGCAAUCGACUCUCGCUCAACACAUCUCUACACACCUGGUAUUGGCUCAAUUGGGCAUUUUUAACAAAGACUCUUUCCAAAGGCAAUUAAAUAUUCACAAACGUGAUCAAUUCUACACUCAAAGGAAAUAUAACUUACUUCAUGAAGAGGUGGAAGGUUAUUCUAAAUUCAUUUACGAACUUACCUGGAUAAUCCAAUCUCCUGAUUCCAAAUAUCAAGUGGACAACGCUCACGAGAUAAUUCUUUCUCUUGUUGGUCAUUACCAGCUUGAUCCCAAUCGAUGUCUUGAUUUAUUGUUAGGAUUGUUUUGCAAUUAUUUCAUCAAUUCACCCACAUUUUGUAUCCAAUUACUUAAGAAAUCACAAUGGUGGCCGUCAACUCCAGCUGAUUCUGGUAAGGAUUUUGAAUCCUUAAUCAUUGGUGGAAACGUCAACGCUGCUAAAAUAAUUGGAUUAACUUUGACAAAAAAUCCAAAAAAAAAAGAUUUGACAGAAACUUAUAGAAUCCUUGUGGCAUGUCUCAUUAAAGAAGGCUUUAUAAGUUUUGGACAAAUAUACCCUUAUCUCACUAGAGAUGAUUGUGAAAUGCUGAUUAUCGAAGCUCAAUACAAAAAGGAAUUGGACGACCAGGUUUUUAGAGCCAGUGCAUCCGCAUUAGCUUUAGCUGCUCCUUUGGUCGAAGAAGAGGAAAGCGGUUUGAAUACCAUAAGCAAUGGCACAUCGAAAUCAUCAAGAGAGAAAACUGAAAACAGCUCUGUAGUUAAAAAGCAGUCAAUUGGUGAUAUGUUAGCUUAUAACUAUAAGUUUCAAUUCCUUCGAGUCUUUCUUGGAAACGGACUUUACUGGCCAUCCAUAUAUAUAUUGACCGAAAAUCCUUUUCUUGGCCAUGUUAAUCCCGAGAUUCCUCAAUUGAUUUUUCGAUUACUUAAUGUCAUGCUCGAGCCAUUAUAUUCCAAAGUUCAACCUUUUAGUACAAGUCAAUUGUUAGAAUUGAGUGCAAAGAAGAAAAUUUUACUGCCCAGGUUUAACUCUGAAGCCACACAAUUUGUUCAUUUUUACAGUUUCAAACCAACGAUCCAAGGCUUUGCAUACAAAAAGUUCCAUUAUAUUUAUGAGGAUUGGGAUAAAUCUUUGCCCUUAGUUGAAACUGUUGACGGUUUAUUUGAACGCCUGGAAGAACUAUUCAAAUUUUUAGGAGUUCAUUUAGCAAACGAUGUUGAGUUAUUCAUCAAACUUUGUGAAAUUGCCAAUUGGGAUUUAAACUCUCACAAUAUUACCAAUGAACGUAAAGCUAAAUGGUUGCAAUUCUUCAGGAGAUUCUUGUAUCCUGCUAUGGGAUCUAUUGAGGAGAAUUCCAUAGCAGUUGACAAGGCUUUUGCUGUUUUGAAGAACUUUCCACUUGAAGAUCGGUUCAAUUUAUAUGGUGAGCUUCAUCAGGUGACAUCAAAAUCAAAUCCUUAUAUUAAAUUAGCCUAUAAUAAGGCUGAAAAGGCAACAAAAGAUGUCUUGAAAAGACUUUCCAAGGAGAAUGUUCCUUCAAUGAUGAGACGAUUAGCUAAGAUUUCGUUUUCCAAUCCAUUGCCAUGUUUUUUAACUGUGUUCCAACAAAUUGAAAGUUAUGAUAACUUAAAUACUUUAGUUGUGGAAACUGCACGGUAUUUCAACAGUUAUGGAUGGGAUGUACUCACUUUGGCUCUUCUUAUGCGUCUUACAGCUGCUGGUAGGUCUACUGUGCAAAGUGAUGGACUUUUUGAUCGUCAAUGGAUUCAAUCGUUAGCAAGUUUUAUUGGUAAGAUAUGUCAUAGAUACCCACUUGCGAUUGAUUUAACAACAAUAUUCAAGUUUCUUUUGAAAGCACUUCACAACCAAGAAACAAUAGCCAUUAUUAUUCUAAAGGAAAUUUUACUUGCAAUGGGAGGAGUUCAAUCUAUUUCUAACUUAACAUCUACUCAAGUUGCCAUGUUGAACAGUGAGUCCAGUGUUGAAAAAAUUGCUUUAAAAACAAUUAUAGAUUCACGCUAUGAUAGAAUCAAAAGUGGUGCUGUGCUAUUUAAAACAUUAUUCAACCUAGACGCAAUUAAUGAGUUGUUCAUACUCUUAUGCAAGUUUAAUCAAUCUUUUGUGCAUCAAUCAGAGGAAAUGGUGCACUUAAAGGUUAUGUGCAAUAGAAGUGACGAAUUGGAGAUGUUGCUUCAUUCUUACAUUACAUUUAUAAACUUUUUUGGUUCGGAAGCAGUCGUAGUGGAUCACUUGACUCCUAUGGACCAAAUGUUUUCCGUCUUUCAUCUUGAUUCAAAGUGGAUCUGGGAGUUAUGGAGGCAUUAUUUACCAUCGACUAUGCCACUUUCAGAGGAAGUCAAAUUAGCAAUUAAAAAUUCUAUGUUUGGAGAGUUGGGAACCAGGGUGUCUUUAGAUUUGUAUUUGACGUUUUGGAAUCUUUCAUUGUAUGAUAUCAAUUACGAUGAAGCUAUUUAUUCAAAGUCACAUGAAAAGAUUGAAGCAUCACUAGCAGCACUUAAAGUGAGCUUCGCCCAAUCUAAAAGGUCUUCAAAGGAAGCAAGAGCAAAAGCUGAUAAAUUGAAAGAUGAAAUCGAAUUAACAGAGCUAAAAAUUGAACAAGUUCAGUCUGAUAAGCAGAAACAUGAACAGCAUUCAGAACUGGUAUUGUCAUCUAUGUCAACUGAAAUUUCGAGUUGGUUUGCAUCUGGUGAACAUAAUGAUGAACAGAUGAAUGAGUUUAUUUUACAUUGUAUCUUACCCCGUUCUAUUCACUCUUCAUUUGAUGCAGUUUUCAGUGCUAGGUUUAUCUUUAUAAUGAGAAAGUUACAAACACCUCAUUUCUCCAUCCUUACCUGUUUGGAUAAAUUAUUCAAUUCCCAGUUUCUUUUUGGGACAUUGUAUACGAUGACUUCAACCGAAGCUGAGAAUCUUGGGUUAUUUUACGCAACUUUGUUGACUCAAUUACAAGAAUGGAAAGCAGAGGAAACUUUUUCGGUUGUAUCAUUGGUGAAUAGUGACGGUGACUCACUUACAUUAGCAGAGUUUGGUCGUGUAUUAUUUUCUUACCACGAAGCAUUACUGAAGGAAAUUAUCAGUUCAUUAAAGGCAACUGAAUUCACCUGUAUUAAUAAUGCUAUUAUAUUUCUUAAGAAUCUACUCGGAAUAUAUCCUGUUGUUGAAGAUCAUUGCGAGUUACUCAUUAGUAUUCUUGAGUCCCUAAUGAAGAAGGAAAGUCGCCAAGAUUUGAUUUUAUCACUGAGUGCCUUGCUUGGUCAUAUCAAGUCAAGAACCAAGGAGCGGGUACAUAUGUGGGACUUUUAUGAAAUGGACCCUGAAGAGAAGCAGAAGCAAGUUGAGUUACGAGAAGGUUUACAAAAGGCAAUUGCUGAAGCCAAAUUGAAGAUUCAGAGACAGAAAGAAGAGCAAAUAAAGCAAAGAGAACGUGAAGAACGGGUCAGAUUAGAGAAAGAGAAAGCUGCUGCUGAGACGAAAAAGGCCAAUAUUUAUGAUGAAAAAUUACCCAAGUCCAUACCAGCUGGUCCAAGCAGUUCAAGAAGUACAGGCAUCAGAAGCGGUACAGAGACUCCUGCUAGGAGAUAUGAUUACUACUCGAAAUAUGAAGAGAAAAAGUCUACUGUUAAUGAUGGUGAUAAAAGCAAACAGGAAAAGCCUACACCUAAGAAUGCAUUAGAGGUUCCAAAGGAUAAGAUUUCAGCUAGUGAGUCUAAAUCAGACUCGAAAAGUGUUACACCUGCACUUGUGAACCCAAAGAUUACGAAUAUUCCUAGUCAACCCAAAUCACAAACUGAACUCUCCUCUUCAACAGCCAAUGAUAAACUUCAGAGGAAAAUAUCCGAUUUGAAGAGUAACAUUUUGGAGAAGAGACUAGCACCGGAGAAGCCAAAAUUGCGUGACAAUGGUCAGGGAGUAUCAACACUUCCUCCACCACCACCACCUCCUCCUCCUCCUCCUCCUUCUUCUUCCGCUCCUCCAUCUUCUUCCGCUCCUCCUUCUGCUCCAAGCUCUCAAUCAUCUAAUACUUUGCAAUCCAAGAAACGUGAAUUUUCUAGCGUUGAUAGGUCCAAAGAGACCGAAGGAAGAUCUUUUAAGAAUGACAGACCAAUUGCCCAGCCCCGUUCCAGCUAUUACGAUAAAAGAAGUGAUGCUGGAUUCCGUGAUCGUGAAAGAGACCGGGAAUUUGAUCGUGACAUUGAAAGGGAACGCCAAAGAGACCGUGAUAGAGACCGCGAUCGUGCCCGUGAUCGUGAUCGUGAUCGUGAUCGUGAUCGUGAUAGGGACCGUUGUAGAGAGUCGUAUGGCUCGAGAAACAAGUACAACACUAACUCUGGUUCCGGAGGUGGCUCGAACUUUGUCAAUGGAGGAGCUUCCAGGGACAGAAGGUUUGAAAGUGAUAGAAACAUUGGGUUUGCCCCUCAAGGACCCCUGGGAGGCAACCAAAGAAGUUCUAGACCUAGCGGGUCACAAAUGAACAGGCCAAUUGGCGUUUCUAAAGCCAGUUCACAAAGCCAAGGGCCAUUGCCUCCCCCACCCCCUCCACCUCCUCCACCUCCUCCCUCUGCACCUUCAUUUCAAAGUAGAUCGGGUACUCAGCAGAAUAGAGGAAGAUACGAUGGAAAACGGAAGUAUAGUUCCGAUCAAGAACGUAUCGUCAAGAAACAGCGCCACUGA